AUGGAUUUCUUCAGGCUUCCCAACAAUGUGACUGAAUUUGUCCUCCUGGGACUCACACGGGAUCCACACCUGCAGAAAGUACUCUUUGUUGUCUUUCUGUUCAUUUUCCUGUUCACUGUCUUGGCCAAUCUUUUCAUCGUCACCACCAUCUCCCUCAGCCCCACACUGUCCGCUCCCAUGUACUUCUUUCUCACCCAUUUGUCCUUGUUAGAUGCCUCCUUGACCUCCGUCAGCACCCCUAAAAUGACUUUUGACCUGCUGUACCAGAGGAGAACCAUCUCCUGGGGAGGCUGCCUGACUCAGCUCUUCAUGGAGCACUUUCUGGGAGCGUCAGAGGUCAUCGUCCUCACGGUCAUGGCCUACGACCGCUACGUGGCCAUCUGCAAGCCUCUGCACUACACGACCGUCAUGCGCCAGGGGCUCUGCCGGCUCCUGGCAUUGGUGGCCUGGACCGGGGGGAUCCUGCAUGCCACCGUGCAGAUUCUUUUCACAGGAGACUUGACCUUUUGUGGUACCAAUGUCAUUGACCACUUCAUGUGUGAUUACUACUCACUAUUGGAAAUUUCCUGCAGCGACACCUACAGGCUUGGAAUGGUGGUGGCAGCCAACACUGGGGGCAUGGCCUUGCUCAUUUUUUUUCUGCUCCUCGUCUCCUACAUAGUCAUCCUGAGCUCCCUGAAAUCCCAUAGUUCUAAAGGACGACGCAAAGCCCUCUCUACAUGUGGCUCCCACUUUACAGUAGUGAUGCUCUUUUUUGGACCAUGUGUGUUCACUUACACACGUCCCGUGGCCACUUACCCUGCAGACAAGUUGGUGACAGUGUUUUAUGGAAUCCUCACUCCCUUGUUAAAUCCUAUCAUUUACACAGUGAGAAACACAGAAGUGAAAAAUGCCAUGAGGAGUUUGUUAAAGAAGAGAGUGACUUAG